UUUUAUGACGUCUUCUUAAGCAAAUAUUCAUAGGCAAGAUGGCGGACUUUCUGUGUAAGCAAUACCCAUCCCACGGAAAUCAAAAGCAAAUGCAGCUACUUGCUACUUUUGUGAUAUCAUCCUAGAUUUGUAGGAAUAUAUUUGUGGAAUUUUUAUUUACGUGGUUAACUUUAAAUUCGAUCGUUUCGCAGUUUUCGUGAUCGCAAGGCGUAGCCAUACCUCUAGCUUGCUCUCAACUUUUUGUAAACAUUGGUAACUUAUGUUACGAUAUUCUGGAUAGAUGAAACGCUGAAUGGCUCAAAGAAAUUCGGUCAUGAAGCAAGAGCAAGUUGAUCCAACACUUAGGUUUUCACUGCAAGAAAAAAUUGGCAAAGGAUCAUUUGGCAUAGUUUUUAAGGCUAUUGAUAACAGAUCUAGCAAAAUUGUUGCAGCAAAGAUCAUUGAUUUAGAAGUAGCCGAAGAUGAAAUUGAAGACAUCCAGCAAGAAAUAACUAUGUUGUCUCAAUGUGAAAGUGAAUUUAUUACCAGAUACUUUGGCUCAUACUUAAAGGGCACCAAGUUAUGGAUUAUAAUGGAAUAUUUAAGUGGUGGAUCUGCUUUAGAUUUGAUGAAGGCUGGCCCUUUCGAUGAAAUUUAUAUACCUGUCAUAUUAAGAGAAGUUCUAAAAGGACUUGAGUACCUACACUCAGAGAGAAAGCUUCACCGUGAUAUCAAAGCUGCCAACGUUUUACUCUCUGAGCAUGGUGAUGUGAAAAUAGCAGAUUUUGGUGUAGCUGGCCAACUGACCUCAAAUAACAAAUUAGAAACGUUUGUUGGCACACCGUUUUGGAUGGCACCCGAAGUAAUAAAACAAUCGCAAUACGAUACAAAGGCUGAUAUAUGGUCGUUAGGAAUCACCGCUAUUGAGCUAGCUAAAGGUGAACCACCCCACGCUGAUCUACAUCCUAUGAGAGUUCUAUUUUUAAUACCAAAAAACAACCCUCCAGAAUUGACUGGAAAUUUCAGUAAAUUUUUUAAAGAUUUUGUAGCAUGCUGUUUGAACAAAGACCCGGUAGAGAGAUUAUCAGCGAAGGAGUUGCUGAAACAAAAGUUUAUCACGAGAGCGUCACGUAAGACGGUUAUAUUGACGGAAUUAAUUGAUCGACACCGACGUUGGCGGCAAAGUGGUGGCGACGACGGCGAUAAUUCUGACGACGAGUCGUUAAUAAACCAAACACAACGCGAUAAUUCAACUGAUCCGUGGAUAUUUACAGUAAAGGCGCAUCCUGAUGGACGAAAGAAUUCAGAACACAAUAAAAAAAAUUAUUCCGUUGAGGCUGACCUAGCGAAAGUGUCUUCCGUACCUCAAUCGGCAUCACUACACAGACUUUUGUUACCCAUUUUAGCACAGUUAAAGGUAAAGCAUCAAAGUAGGAAUUCAGUUAUUGAAGAACUAGAAAACACUAUAAGCACAGUUGAAAAACAAUCUCCGGGUAUCUGCGAUGCCUUCAUAGGAGAAGUCACCGACAUCGUAAAAAGUAUCAACGACUAAUUGACACUAACAAAACUAACACCACUGGAAUUUUCACGUCGUUUGUUUACUUCUGACGCCGUGUUCAUAAAUGAGAUGCACGACACGACGGGGAAACGUAACAAGAUGUCACAGGAACAUACUGAUAUACGUGACAACUCACACGAUACUUUCCUACAUUUUCAUGUUCCCGUAACAUGCAGUCGUAAACACCGGCACCGUACUUGAAAAACCGGGGUUUUUACUGUAGUUGGCAACUCGGGUUUUUAUCGAAAUUUUUCGAAUUCAAUAACAAAGUAUUUCCAUUUUUUUUCUACAAAAUGAUCAUUUACUAACAUUUUUGGUGAGUUUCUUCAUCCAAUAUUAAAAUCGUUAAUAAAUUUUUAUGAACAAAAUUAUUAUUAUUCAACAAAUUGGGUGUUUUUUUUGUUUCGACAGAGAUUGACUUGCUAUCGCUUAAAAGUCAGAAUUGGGUUUUUUAGUUUCGGAUCAAUUUAACCCGGGCGGUUGACCGUACGUAUGGACAUCGGACUACAUUUUGUAACUAUGUAAUUUGCACGGCAACGAUAACUUGAGUUUUCUGUAUAUGACCUGUAGUUACGUAAUUUUAUUAUUUAUAUGUCAA